AUGCACGCCAUUAGCACCCCAGACCUUAAGGAUAGGAAGUUCCCGGUAUCACCUCUGGCAAAACCAGAAUGUGCCUCCCCCGACGAACCCUGGAAUAUCGCCCCUUACAAGUCUGAGGUCCAGUCAUAUCACUGGCUGCCUUUCUCCUCACCUCCACCCCAGAGCCGCAAGCCUAGCGUUUCGCCCGUCAAGCAGCGAUUCAGCGCAUCCCUCCCUUCCCUACGCAACACCACUUCCGGCCGAAACCUACCACCCAUAAACAUCUCACUUCCAGUAGGAAAAGGACAGGCUCGGCUUUCUGCGCACGCGCCAAACCAGAGGCCCGGUCCGCCUCUUCCCUGUCCAAGCGCUCCCGCGGUAGUCUCGCGGUAUUUCCUUCUCCCGCGGGAGUUACUUGAACACUCGGGCGGUAAUUCCAAUUUGGGGGCUCAGCUGCGGGCUAACCCGAUCCUGAGGGGGCUUUGUAGACUUGACGUUCCGUCGGGCCCCUGCACCCCGGAGCGGACGAGGCUUGUCCCGGCCAGGUCCGCCGCCAUGGGGGCGGAGAAAGAGCCGCUGCCGGUUAAGGAGGCCUUCCAGCGGACGCAGCAGCCGCACCAGAACAAGAUCACCAGCGCUGAGCCGCGCCUACCGCACGGAUUGAGGCAUAUAGCAAUGAAGUUCAGUGUUUGUUGUGCCAGAUUCUAAAUAAGUUCUUGGGAAAUAUGCUGGGAAAAGGCCAGAUUGAUAAUAUUUUGUGCAUAAAAUGGAUGAAGCUCUUACUAGACUAAAAGUUAAAAAUCCAAAUGUGAGGAUACAGGUAGACGCGGCUCUUUCAAGACUUAAGACCUAUGGGUAAUGAUUGCCCCAAGGUUAAAGAGAUUUUAUUUAUUAGCGAGAGAGCGCAAGCAUAGAAGGAGAGAGAGAAACAGACUCACCGCUGAGCAGAGAGCCAGACUUCUGCUAGAUUCCAGGACCGUGAGAUCAUGACCUGAGCCAAAGGCAGAUACUUAACUGACUGUGCCUCCCAGAUGCUCCAAAGGCUUAUUUUCUUAAUAAAUACAGAAUGCAUCACUUGUUAUUUAAUUAUAUUGGGUCCUUACUACUUUGUCUUUUUGUUUGUUAAGAUUUUGUACUUAGCAUAGAGAAUUCCAUGUCUUCAACAGGCUAGUGAUAAUAGCAUGUCAUAUGUACAUAAAGUUAAUAGAUUUGAAAAUCAUACUUCUUUUUUACUGUUAUGAAAAAUAUCAAAGAGAAUAGUAAAAUGAACUGUUAUCAAUAUUUGA